AUGGGCCGCCUGUGUGCCCUGGGAUUAUGGAAUAUAAUCCAGUAUAACGUGGUUUCGCCACAGAAUGCGGUGAUGUUGCGCUAUAGUAGAGACGUUGACCGAGGCUGGGCGUGGGUUGUGGUCGGUAGCUCUUUCAUCGCACAGAGCCUCAUGAUCGGUCUCACCUGGUCCGUCGGCGUCUUCUUCGUUAUCUUUCUAGAGGAAUUUAAGCAGAGCAGUUCGUCUACGGCCUGGAUUAGUUCAAUUAACACAGCAGCGUGCAUGGCAACCGGUACAGGACUGGGAAUUGCCUUCAUUCCUUGUAUUGUAGCCGUCUCAGAGUACUUUGAUACAAAGCGAGCACUCGCCAUGGGCCUCGCUGUGUCCGGUAUGGGCUUCGGCAUCCUCAUCUAUCCGAUUCUCAUCCAGCAUCUGCUGCAGGUGUUUACCUGGCGUCAGGUGAUGUUCAUCACGGGUGCCCUUAUACUUAACGUGAUCCCGUGCGCCGCCGUCAUACAUCCACUCGUGUUACACGAUGACGAUGCCAGCGACAACCACAAGAAACUGCCGUCAGUAUCCGUAUUCGAGAAAAAGUUUAUAAGAAUCUGCGCAAAUAACUUGCUUAUUGCAUUCGGGCUGUCGGUCGUCUACGUGCACAUGCCUGCCUAUGCUAGGAGCCAUGGCACCAAUCAGGAGGUCGCCGUUAUGCUCAUAUCCGUGAACGGCGUAGCGAACUUUUUCGGUAGAAUUGCGUACGGAUUCAUGGCGCAAUACUUGCGAUGGACUCCUGAACAAUUUUAUAACGCGUCGUUCAUGACGGCUGGAAUACUCACGCUGCUGCUUCCGAUGUGUACUCAACUGUACUUCAUGUUGCUGUACUGCGCAUUAAUUGGGUUUCUGAGCGCCAGUUGGGGAGCUUUGCUACCAGCAAUCCUAGUUGAUGCCAUUGGAAAAUUCAGGAUGGCCAGCGGAUAUGGAUUCGUGAUGGUGUAUGAGGCAGUCGGUAUAAUGCUUGGAGGCCCCGUAGCAGGAUGGAUAUACGAUUAUACUGGAGCCUACGCUAUCUCCUUCUACUUCGCUGGACUGACCUUCACUGUUGGCGUCCUAGUAAUGUGGAUUCCAGGAUUUAGUGGCAGAUGUAACCCAAGGAAAAACAAAGUCUAUCUCAGCGACAUAUCCAUUUCAGCCUAUAAUGAGCACUACCUAAAGAAGAUAGGCAAUGAAGACCAGAAACCAGGGUUAUUGUGA